CUUGAAUCUGCCAAAGCUGAAAUGGGCGAGGUGAGAGAAGAAAACGAAAGAUUAAAAGUGAUGUUGGAGCAAAUCGAGAAGGAUUACCAUUCUCUUCAGCUGCGUUUCUUCGAUAUCAUCAAACAGGAAACUCCCAAGAAAUCCACAGAGUCAUCAGUUGAUCAUCCCUUGCAUGAUGAAACUGAAGAACCUGAUCAACUUGUAUCACUUUGUCUUGGAAGAAGCCCGAGCGAGCCCAAGAAAGAAGAGAAAGCGACUAGCAACCCUAGCAAUAGCAAAACUACCGACUAUGAGGAAUGGAAGGCCAGCCUUACUCUUGGAUUGGACUCCAAGUUUCAACUAUCUACAGAGCUUGUGUCUGAUGCAAGCCCCGAGACUAGUUUGGAGGAGUCUAAGCAAGCUGCAGAGACAUGGCCACCAAGUAAAACCCUAAAGACAGUGAGAAAUGGUGAUGAUGAAGUUUCACAGCAAACCCAUGUGAAGAGAGCUAGGGUUUCUGUGAGAGCUAGAUGUGACACUCCAACGAUGAAUGAUGGAUGCCAAUGGAGGAAAUAUGGACAGAAAAUAGCUAAAGGAAACCCAUGCCCACGAGCAUACUAUCGUUGCACAGUUGCACCAGAAUGCCCAGUAAGAAAACAGGUGCAAAGAUGUUCGGAGGACAUGUCCAUCUUGAUCACCACCUAUGAAGGAACCCACAACCACCCACUUCCGGUUUCAGCCACUGCCAUGGCUUCUACCACUUCCGCUGCGGCUUCCAUGCUAUUGUCCGGGUCGUCAAUGUCUCACCCCGGCCUUGGUCCGACACCCAUUGCAACCGCUGCUCCAGUACUCAAUGGGUUAAAUUUCAAUAUCUUGGAUAAUUCCAAAGCAAAACAAUUUUACUUGCCAAACUCUUCCUCGCCGGCGCCCCUUUUUCCAACAGUGACUCUAGACCUCACCACCUCUCCAUUCUCUUCAUCCACUCUUUUUAAUAGAUUACCUUCAAGCUUUGCUUCAAACCCAAGAUUUCCUUCAAGAAGUCUAAGCUUCUCAUCCUCAGAAUCCAACAUUAUACCAACGACAUGGGGCACUGGAUAUCCCAGUUAUAGUGCAGUACCCUACAACAAAACCCACACUGGCUCCAUAAAUCUUGGGAAACAAUCCCAAGAACAUUUCUACCAAUCUUAUUUGGAAAAGACCCACCAAGCUUCUUCUCAACAGUCUUUAACAGAAUCCCUAACCAAGGCCAUUGCGACAGACCCGAAUUUCCGAUCCGCUAUUGCCGCCACAAUUUCAUCAAUAGUGGGUGGCGGUGCACCCCAUGAUAACCAAGGUGGAGGGGAGCCAAUUCAGGCCGUUUCUCCUGAUUCAUUGACCCAAAAGGGGAAAGCAUGUGCAUCAAGCUUCUUCAACAGAUUUGCGUCAUCGAAUUCCCACACAGCAGGUCUGAUGCUUCUGCAGCCUCCGUUGCCAUUAUCCAUCUCCAAGAGUAGCUCUACAUCUACUUCUGCCAUUAGGGAUCAGAUGAACUGAUAUAGGUCUCACAUAAUAUCGCCUGGGAUGUUGUGAUGAUUGAACCUUCCUUUUUUCCUUUUUUUAGCAACGCCUCCUAUACAGGCUUUUUUCACAUCAAUUUUAUACAUUACGCUGGCAAUAUAGGAUGGGCCAACUUUGCCCUGAAACCAUGACAGUACAAGUCAUCUUUUGAACAUAAGUUGUCUCUUGUUCUUACCUCUGUUCAAUAUCAAGUAAAAUGUCUAUCCAAACAAGCCAGGUUUUCAGCAUUAAUGCAGAGCAAACAAGUUAAAAGCUUAAGCGCACACAAAAAUGAUAUAAAAAGGGAACCUCAACUCUUUAUUUCUUGAAUGACCAAAAAAAUUGCUUCUUUAAUAACAUCUCAAGGAAUCAAUUUACUUUUAUAUAACUGUGGCACUAAAAUACGAAUAUAUUCACCAUCGACUAGAUAGAUUAGUCCACUCUUCAAGAGUCGAGCGAAACUAUUAAUCUCGAUUUAUCUUAAUCACCAAGGGAUAAAUGGGCCUUCAUGUGUAUGCAUCGGCAGAGGAAUGUUGAAACA